AUGACUCCCGCCGCUGUUUUAAAACAGCUUGGUAUAAAUGCUACACAUUCACAGGAAGAAAGCAUAAAAGCAUCAAAAGAAGUUGUAGCUGCGUACGAAUAUUUUUUACAGAAGAAUCCUCCUGAUCAUCGUAAAGUGCCGGAAGUACACUAUUGCUUGGGCUGUUUAGCUUGUUUUGAUAGAAAUUUGACACUUGCAACAUUUCAUUUGAAUAAAGCUAAAGUUGCAGAAAACCCUUCUGUAAGACUUCCGUGUUUUGAACCGGUCGGAUAUGAUUUUGAGCCAAAAGUAGUAUUAGAAAUGUUUGUGAAUAAUCCAGAAAAUUUUUCACUUUCUAAUAAUACGAUGCAAACGCCAGACGGCCAUUCUGUUGUAAAUAGAGUCUGUAACCACUGUGGCAAAGAGAAUCCGCCAAAGCGUUGUCCUUGUGGUAGUGUAAAUUAUUGUAAUACAGAGUGUCAACAGAAACAUUGGAAAGUUCAUAAAUCAGAUCAUAAACAAAAAUAA